GCUAUUUCUUUCUGUGACUCACAUGGCCGACGAAAAGUACGAACUUAUUACGAGGCGUUUGCAAGAGGUUCUUGGCGGCGACAUUAUCAAAGCGAUUCUUGCAGAAGGACGUUCGCCUAAAUGCUACUGGGGGUCCGCACCGACGGGACGACCCCAUCUGGGAUAUUUCGUGCCCUUGACCAAGAUAGCUGAUUUCUUGAGAGCAGGCGUCGAGGUUACCAUUCUCCUCGCUGAUGUGCACGCUUUCCUCGACAACCUCAAGGCACCUCUAGAACUCGUCGCCCACCGGACAAAAUACUAUCAAUUCAUUCUCCUUGCUGUAUUCAACUCUUUAGAAAUACCCGUCUCGAAAUUGCGAUUCAUUGAAGGGUCGUCAUACCAAUUAACGAAGGAGUACAAUCUUGACAACUACAAGCUUUGUGCAACGGUCACCGAACAUGAUGCAAAGAAAGCCGGCGCCGAGGUUGUGAAGCAGGUCGACAGCCCUCUGCUUAGUGGCCUCUUAUACCCCGGUCUCCAGGCUCUUGACGAACAAUACCUCGGCGUUGACUUCCAGUUCGGUGGUGCCGAUCAGCGGAAAAUCUUCACUUUUGCGGAACUCUACCUACCUCGGUUAGGUUACGCGAAACGCGCACACCUAAUGAAUGCUAUGGUUCCCGGUCUCGCAGGAGGCAAAAUGUCUUCAUCAGAUCCCAACUCCAAAAUCGAUUUCCUUGACUCUCCUGAACUCGUGCGGAAAAAGAUCAAAGCGGCAUUUUGCGAGGAAGGAAAUGUUGACGACAAUGGGGUAUUAGCAUUCGCAGAGGCGGUCCUGUUCCCUAUCAGCGAACUGCGACGAGACAGGCUAAAAGAAGGGGUGCAAGGCAUAUUAGAAUCCUCACCUUUGUUCGCCACAGCAGACGCUCCUGAGGGCACGUUAUUCACGAUCGACCGUGAUGCUAAAUUCGGUGGACCGACACACUACGCCAGUUACGCAGACAUGCGGGCUGACUUUGCAUCCAAAGCCCUCCAUCCCAAAGAUUUGAAGUUAUCCGUCGCGGCUGCAAUUAAUAAGCUCUUGGACCCCAUCCGAAAGAGUUUCCAGGAGAAUGAAGAGUGGCAGAAGAUCGAGAAGCUGGCAUAUCCUGAUCCCAAUGCCAAGCCAGAGAAGAAGAAGAAAAAGGAAAAGGUGUACCAUCCCCCACCUCCCGGUAAGGGAAAGAAUGCGAAAUCUGCAGAGCAGGCAUCAGUCGCAAGCGAGCCCACGGCGAACAGCGAACCUGUAGCCGCGCCUGCAUGAUAACGCCAGGUGCAUACAUCGUCGCGGGUGGAGAAUGACGGAAGGAUAGAAGUCAAAAUGAUUGUUUGUACGACCACGAGCCCUACCGAGCUUCUUGCAUUGUACUGUAGACAUCGAUUGAGGCGAUGAUGAGCCAUACUCUUAGAUCGCAAUAAAAUCACAGAUUGCAUCAGAUACACGAGUAAUACUAUAAACAGGUAAUAAAAAUACUGGAAACCAUGGAUCAUGGGUUCAUGCUCUGGAUCCUGAUCUCCCCUUCCCUUUGCGACCGGACCGUAAUCGUAAAAACGCAU